CAAAUCAUGAUUCACACUGGGCGGGCAUUGUGAAGCUGUAGUUUAGAGUUAGCAGGCUAACUAGAGAAAGAAAGCUAACUAAUCGUGAGAGUGGAAGUGGAGCCAACGUUAAAGCAAAAGGCAACUGUCAAAAGAGACUGUAGUGUAGAAAUCUUAGAGGAAUGGUUGUUCUCUUAAAUGACUGCAUGAACUGACCAACUACUAGGCGAACAGAGACGGUGUUUAUCAGAUGCCCGAAGAACAUUUUGGAUACUGCAUCGAUUGUCCCAUUUCCAAACGGAAACCAUUUCUGGACAAACAGUUCGAGCUAGCUAGCCUAGCCAAGUGAAUUAUCCAGGAGACUCUUCGUUGCCUAAAAACCUAAAAAUCCAUACUGAAUGUUUUGUCUGUCAUGAGUCCGGCCGGGUGCUCCCAUGUGAACGGUUAUAAGGUGGAUAAUUGGAAACAAAAUCUUCGAGUCAUAUACCAAUGCUUUGUUUGGAGUGGUACUGCUGAGACCCGGAGACGCAAGGCCAAGUCGUGUAUCUGUCACAUGUGUGGCGCGCACCUGAACCGGCUUCAUUCGUGUCUGUACUGUGUCUUUUUCGGCUGUUUUACGAAGAAACACAUCCACGAGCACGCAAAAAACAAGAGACACAAUCUAGCAAUAGACUUAUUAUACGGGGGAAUAUAUUGUUUUGUCUGUCAAGACUACAUAUACGACAAAGACAUGGAGCAGAUUGCCAAAGAAGAACAGAGGAAAGCCUGGAAGUUCCAAGGUAUUGGGGAAAAAUACACAACAUGGGAGCCUACCAAGAGGGAACUUGAAUUGUUACGACACAAUCCAAAGCGAAGGAAAAUCACUACAAACUGUACCAUAGGUUUACGAGGGCUUAUUAACCUGGGCAACACAUGUUUCAUGAACUGCAUUGUUCAGGCCCUAACACACACACCACUGCUGCGGGACUUCUUUCUCUCUGACAGACACAAGUGCGAAAUGCAAUCAAACUCCUGUCUGGUGUGUGAGAUGUCGCAGCUCUUUCAGGAGUUCUACUCGGGUCACCGUUCGCCCCACAUUCCUUUCCGGCUGCUGCACCUGGUAUGGACUCAUGCACGUCAUCUUGCAGGCUACGAGCAGCAAGAUGCCCAUGAGUUCCUCAUCGCCGCAUUGGACGUACUACAUAGGCACUGCAAAGGAGACACCAUCAGAGACGACAAUGGCAAGAAGGCCAACAAUCCAAACCACUGUAACUGCAUCAUUGACCAAAUCUUCACGGGGGGCCUGCAAUCAGAUGUUACUUGUCAAGUUUGCCAUGGGGUUUCCACGACGAUAGAUCCAUUUUGGGACAUCAGUCUGGACUUGCCAGGCUCAUCCACGCCUUUCUGGCCCCUCAGCCCUGGAGGGGAUGGCAGCACAGUGAAUGGAGAGAGCCACCUGUCAGGAUCCACAACGCUCACUGACUGCCUGCGCAGGUUUACACGGCCUGAGCAUCUCGGAAGCAGUGCCAAAAUCAAGUGCGGAGGUUGCCAUAGUUACCAAGAGUCCACUAAACAGCUGACAAUGAAGAAGCUCCCCAUCGUUGCAUGCUUCCAUCUUAAACGGUUUGAGCACUCUGCAAAACUGCGGAGGAAGAUUACUACAUACGUUUCCUUCCCUCUAGAAUUGGACAUGACCCCCUUCAUGGCAUCCAGUAAAGAGAGCAGAAUGAAUGGGCAGUAUCAACAGCCGGUUGAUGUCUUAAACAAUGACAAUAAGUAUUCUUUAUUUGCGGUGGUUAACCAUCAAGGCACAUUAGAAAGUGGCCACUAUACCAGCUUCAUCCGUCAGCACAAAGACCAGUGGUUCAAAUGUGACGAUGCCAUAAUCACCAAGGCCAGCAUUAAGGAUGUACUUGAUAGUGAAGGGUAUCUCUUAUUCUACCAUAAACAGUUCCUUGAAUACGAGUAGUUUCUGUGACCACUGAGCUUGAAGAACCACUGCUUUGAAAGGGAGAGUCAAAGGACCGCGGGCUGGAUGAAAUGAAAACACACAAACCUACCUGAAACCUUUUGACUACCAGUCUGCUCCUCCUGCUAUGGAGAAGAAAAACAAAAAGACAUGUAAAAUCAUGCAACUUUUCAAAAGGAAAAAAACAUAAUCAAGCACUGAGCUACUUCUUGGCAUCUACUUGACAAAACUGAAUGAAGAGGAAAAAGCGGUGGAAGAGUCAGCGUUGUGGGCUCCAGUGUAGGGCUGAGGGAAGAGGCCCCACACCCCUCACUCUCUGGCCCUUCUCCUUCCUGCUGCAUGGGCAGAGUCUGAGUUUGAGCACAUCUGGAUUUCUUACAGUAUUCUGACCCCCUCCACCUCCACACCCCUUCCAUUUCUCUCCCAUGGUGCUCUCAUUUCGACUGACCAAGCAUUUUACUCAUGUUGGCAGACAGUAAGUUGGCAUAUGCAUAUAGGACUGAUUGCAAAAAAAUAUAUAAAUCAGUGUGUCAUCACCUUUGCAAGAACAUUUCUUUAAGGUAUGGUUAUGAUUCUUCUCAUUUGUGAAUUUAAUUCUGAAAUACCGUACGAAUCUAUCUAUCAUCUAUUUUUUAAGGGCAAAAAAACAUGGGAGAGCUCUGAGAUGCUGCCUUUGUCGGUUGCAGGGGAAGCGCUGCCAUGGAAACUGAACAGAUUUGGAUCCGAGUGUACUCAUGUUCACAUAUUUACUGUGUUGACUGUUUAUUUUAAAGUCUGGUUCAGGGCAGGGAAUAUCUAUUUUUUUAGCAACUUCAUGAAAAUCGAGUUUUUGUUUACUGUUCUUUUUCGUGUAGAUCGUUUUAUUGUGUUUUUUUUUAAGUUGUCAGUACAGUCAUGUUCCUUGCUGUCCUGGUACAGGAAAUAUUAUUUGGUAUCUUACACUUUCAUUCUUGUGGAAUUGUUGGUAAUAUGACAGUGUUAAUUGGCUCACCUUUGUGGUUUAGAAGUUCCGUGUGGAAAGUGGAAGAGUUGAUACAUGAACUACAGAUCACAUCCUACAUGGGAGCAUGAUGCGCUCUCCCCUGAAUGAAUGCCUUGAACGUUCUGUGCAAAACUCACACGCACAAAAUAGCCCAUUAAAUAACAGAAUGCAUGCCUGGGCUCUCGUGACCUUCUGUGAAAAAUGGCUCUCGGUUGCAGCCCAAGGCUCGAUCCCCCAUCAUGAUUGUCCCUCUGCACCUUGGAAAAUGGGAUAGCGACUGCGUGAGAUAUAUAGAAAGCAAAACACAUUGCACAUAUAUGGGCACUAUGUGACCACAGCCUGGCUCUGAAUCCAUCAGUGUUAAUCUUCUCCAUGGCAACAGUGGCUGGUGCAGACCGGUGUGGUUUGUGGUAUGUUCUGCCUCCGCUGUGCAGUAAAUCUGCUACUAAAUUCAGUCAUUCUUCCGUCGAGUAAAACUUUGGGUAAUUUGCUUACACGUCAGGGUCUUGUGGUCGCUGAGUGCGUUCAUAUAAAUGAACAGAAUUACAGAUAUUCACUCUUGUAAAAAGCAAAUAAAUAAAAUGAUUGAAGGCCCUAUCAAACAGUGAUGCCACGUUAUAAUGAUAAUAAAAAAAAACACAACCCCUGCUUGUUUAUCUGCUCUGUAACUUUAAAUCAUAUACUCACACCCUUUAGCCUGCUGCAGAGCAUCUUAACAACAGACACCUAUGAAAUGACCACACCAUGGUUUCAAUGCAUUUUGGAGCAGUUAAGUCUGACUAAGGAACAUUCAGGGAAACGGCUGAAACGAGAAAAAAAAAAUAGAGGAGAGCUUAUCUGUUUCAGUGAUUAAACUCUAAACUGGAAUGUGUAUUUUUCCUGAUGUCUUUUGUGUCACAUUUCUUCUGCACUUACUAAAGGACUAUCACAGGAGAAUCUCUUGCAUCUGAGCCAAAUCCGUAAGUAAGUGUUUCAAACUGUUUUCUGGAUGGGCCCUGUAUUUCUUUAAAGGUAUUUGCAUGGUGAAGAAAGAGAAUAUUGAUACGCAAAAUAAAACUUAUAUUUGUCGAGAUUUGCAAUUGCCAGUAGAACACAUUUAACAGCAUGUUGAACGGACAUGUCUGCUCAUGCAGUUAUGCACAAGGUUGUAGCUCCACUCUGUGGCCACAUACAGAAGCACAACACGGUCGGAAAAGAAAAGAGCCUCUGGCGUAGUCCAGGAUUGUUAACACAUUCCAGACUGAAAAUGAGGAGAGUAGACAUACCUUUAAUGAAAGCUUUACAUUAAAAUUUGUUUUCGUACUAUUGUUAUCAAAUGCUGCACACUUCCAAGGAAAAUAACAGGCAUCAAUAAUACCUGAAUAUUAUAUGACGUGACCUAAGCGUGUACUAUAUUUGUGAUUUGUAAUAUGAUUUUGGUGAAAAAAAAAUGUGUUGUGAGAAAAUCAACCGUUAAUUUGAUGUAAACAUAUCUCACCAUUAAUUAAAAGGUUUUUUUAAGUAAA